AAUCCCUAGCAGCCUCCAUUCCCAAAUCGGGCCUGGCACAUCUCUCCUUCCCUCAGCCUCCUUCUCCACCUCCGGCCGCCGCCGAGCCAGGCCGGCGUGGCGGCGCGCCACCAAGCACUUCCACCCGCGCCACGACGCCGCCGCCUCGCCACCUUGCGCCGCCUCCCAUCCAUCUCCCUGCUGUUCCUCCACCUGUCUUCUUCCCUCGCCUCUAGCUGCUGCUCCUAUUCUUCUCUUAAUCCCCCGCUGCUGCUUCUUCUUUCUCUAAACCCCUCUUGCUGAUGCCCUCUCCUCACACCCGCUGCUGCUUCUUCUCCUUGGUCCUACUGCUGCUCCUCUCUCCCUGAUGCCCCUACUUCUUCUCUGAAUCCCCUAAUGCUGCUGCUCGUCUCCAACUGAACCUGCUCUCUCUCUCUCUCUCUGAAAUUUCUAUAAACUUAAGAAGUGUACUGUUCAGAAUUGUGUAAUGUUCCGAUUUUAUAAAUGCUUGCAAUCUGUGAACGAUUCAUUUUCAUACUUAUAAAUAUUGUGUCACAUAUUGUGCGUUCUCACUAGUUGAAGUGUUCUUGUUCUGUAUUCGUGGUCAGUCAAUCGCCAUAUAUGUUAUCUAACCUUGUGAAUUUGUUCUAGUUUGAAGUUUAUGUGUUUACUCAAGUACUUGUGAUACAAAAAUAUGUGUGUGAGCUUGUGUUGUGAAACAUUUAUAUUCAGCCAUAUAACCGUGAUUGUUCCCUCUGUUCAUGUUUGAUAGUUAUAUAUGUGUCCUUGUCAUGUUAUGUUCAUGUCUUUUCACUUCUCUUGUCAUUGAUGUAUGCUCGUAUUAGUAUUUUAACUUCUUAAGCAUUACGAAAAUACCAAAAAGACAAUGAGUAAAUUUUGAAUCUCCCUGUGCUUUUUGCAUUUUCUUUGUCGACGAUCUUUGGGAACGACCUUGUUAGUUUAGGUUUUAUUUUCAGCAUUCGUCUCUUACAAUUGUGUUACCUAGAUUUAGCCGAGCAUAGUCGUCGUCGCCUAGUCCCUGUGGGGAACACGACACUCACAGUUUGGGCGAAAUAUCCCGCUGUACUUACAAUUGAUCAUUUUGGCGCCGUUGCCGGGGACUAGCGUCGAGCGAUUAUGUUGGCUAUAGACUAGGUUUAUUUUAGUUCCGUGUUUAAUUCGUCGUGUAUUUAAUUUGUUGUGUUUCUUUUAUAUAUUUUUUCCUUGCUGUUGCUUUGGCUUAUUAGGAUACUAACAUUCUAACUAGUAUUUACUGUUUGAGUGUGCGUAGGAAAUCUGAACUAUUUACAGGUUGAUUGAUAGUUACACUUGGUGGAGAUAUGGCGAUGCUUCGUGAUGUUUGGAUGCCAAGCAGCCAAUGCUAUUCCACAGGGCCACUUUGGCCAUCUUUUGAGGCGGAAAAUUUUGAGCUAAAGCCUGGUCUUAUUGCUUUGGUUCAACAACAACAGUUUGGAGGACUGCCUACUGAGGAUCCCAAUGAGCACUUACACCGAGUCAUGGAGUAUUCAGAUACAGUCAAGUACCAUGGAGUUCCUCAAGAUGCAAUCAUGUGCAGGUUGUUCACAUUCUCUCUCCGUGAUGAUGCUCGUGCUUGGUAUCGAUCCUUGCCAUCAAGGUUAUACAGUUGGAAUGAGAUAUCACGAGCUUUCUUGGAUAAAUAUUUCUCACUACACAAGCAGUCCGCAAUUCGAGAUGACAUCUUCAAUUUCAUUCAGCGUGAAGGCGAGAGCGUGUAUGAUGCUUGGGAGAGAUACAAAGCCUUAUUCAGGAGAUGUCCUAACCACGGGCUCGAGAGAUGGUUAGAGCUGCAGAUAUUCUAUAGAGGAUUGACUUCGGACACUCGAGCUUACGUCGAUAUGGCAGCGGGUGGAGCAAACAAGACACUUGAUGAUGCUUUUCUGCUGAUUGAGAACAUAGCCUUCCACCAACUUCAGUGGUACAAUGAGAAGCCCACCUCUGGUCUAGUUGCUUGCUUGCAACAAUUCACUUCAUCGCAGCAAGAAUGUCUUACACAAAAGCCGGAACCAGUUUCUCUGUGUGACAAGAUUGAGCUUUCAUGGAUUAUCUUUGAUGAUGAUGAUACCAUCCUAGUUGACACACACACUUCAGAUCAUAUGGAUACUAGCAUUCGAGAUUUAGUUUUGCAUUGUGAUGAUUCUUCCAUGGAUGAGCCAGAGCUGCAGUUAGUUGUUUUUUAUAUUGAGGAGUCACCUUUAGUUGAUAUUGAUCAUGUGCUGCUAGAGCCAGAUAUGGAGAAGUUCAGCUUCAAUGAUGUUAGCCGCAUUGAUUCCUCAACACUUGAGCCUAAGAUGGAAAGCUUCAUGGUUAAUUAUGAUGAGGUGGAUUCAGAUGUCAAGGAGCCAAGCUCUACUAUUUCACUUGUUGACACGAGUCCGGUGGAAAUUUCUACAAUCACACCUCACUUGGUAUCUUCAAUUGAGGUAGUCCUGAAGUUUCUUCCUAACUAUCUCAGGUAUUAUCUCAGCUUUCUGGAUAAGUUAUGUCAUAUCGCUGAUAUUGCCUAUGCACCAUGUGACUUGUUGUUGAUACAUGUUCCUGAUUUGCUCAAUAGAUAUACUUAUAUGAUAGGGUACUCGAUCGAUGACUUAGAGGGCAUUCUCUCUGUCACUUGUAUUGGCUUGGUUGUUGAGUGUUCUUUCAGGUUGAUGCUUGUGCACCAUUUACUGCGAGUUGACCGAGUUCGAGAUGACAUUCCCUGGGAUCCUAGUGGAUCCACGGCAUGGUGAUGAGGAGAAGCAAUGGGCACACGCGAAGAAGAGUGAAGCUGGAGCAGGCAUGAGGAUAGAGAAGCAAAAAGAGAAGAGCAGCAGCUUAGAGAGUGAUCAAGCGAGUGCUACUUCAUAGUGCCCGAAAAGUGCGACAAGGCACUAUAAUCUAGAAGUUUCUGUCUAGAAAGAAUUGAGGAACAAGAUCACGGGCAAGAAGAGAAGAAAGAGGGACUCAAGCUUGAAGAAGAUCAAAGCUUAGGGGGGCUAGCUUAAGAAGUGGAGGGAUCAUCUUGUGCCAAAGGAAGGAAGAAGGAGGGCCAAAGUGAAAACGUUCAGAUCUGAUCGGAGGGGAUCAAAAUCCCUAGCAGCCUCCAUUCCCAAAUCAGGCCUGGCACAUCUCUCCUUCCCUCAGCCUCCUUCUCCACCUCCGGCCGCCGCCGAGCCAGGCCGGCGUGGCGGCACGCCACCAAGCACUUCCACCCGCGCCACGACGCCGCCGCCUCACCACCUUGCGCCGCCUCCCAUCCAUCUCCCCGCUGCUCCUCCACCGCCCUUCUUCCCUCGCUUCUAGCUGCUGCUCCUAUUCUUCUCUGAAUCCCCGCUGCUGCUUCUUCUUUCUCUAAACCCCUCUUGUUGAAGCCCUCUCCUCACACCCACUGCUGCUUCUUCUCCUUGGUCCUACUGCUCCUCCUCUCUCCCUGAUGCCCCUACUUCUUCUCUGAAUCCCCUACUGCUGCUGCUCGUCUCCAACUGAACCUGCUGUCUCUCUCUCUCUCUCUCUCUCUCUCUCUCUCUGAAAUUUCUAUAAACUUAAGAAGUGUACUGUUCAGAAUUGUGUAAUGUUCCGAUUUUAUAAAUGCUUGCAAUCUGUGAACGAUUCAUUUUCAUACUUAUAAAUAUUGUGUCACAUAUU